GGUGACGCAUCCUGCAAAAUGCUGGAGACCAUGUUUAGAGGUUUGUUGUAAAAUCACAAUUUCAUGUGAUUCAUUUUGCCUGAAUCACCGUUUGGAAGUACUAAUAUUCAUCUGAUUCUAUAGAGAUCUUAGGGAAUAGGUUCCCCUGUUGUGAUAACAAACAGUCUGUGUUCGUGCUUAAUGUUCUUUGUCUACAUGCUGGAUGUGUGCUGUAUUUAUAGAAUAGUUAAAGAUUUAGUAGAUAAUGGCUAUGACUCUAGAAAGACCAGCUUCUACUAAAAUUCUAGGUUUUAUUGAUCUCUUCAUAUUGUCUUGAAAUUCAUUUCUCUCAUUUUUUAAUGGAAGCUUCCAAUUUUUUAAAACUACGGCACUGAGUGGUACAUAAGGAUUUUUUCAGUAGCACAUCCAGUCUUUUAGACUGGCACAUAAAGCUUGUACUGUUUACAGGAAAGAUAAAAAUAGCAGAGUGAAUCCACAUCUGCCCAGCAUCCGGAGUAGUAUAUCAAGGACUUGGUAUCUGUAUGUGAGUGCAAGUCUCUUGGUCACAGAUGAUGCCCUGGCUUUAUGUAAACUUUAUCUGCAUUUUCACUUUAAUAAUACUGCCUUUCCUCCAGUAACAUUUUUUCUGUGUAUAACAUACUGUGCUUUAUGUGGGUCCUAAAUGCCAGUAUGGGAAUCAAUACAAUCAAAGAAGAAAUCUGUAAUAUAAUUAUAAGGUAGGAUACCUCCGUUUGGUACGUAAAAUUCACAGUGCUAAUGAUGGAGAUGUCUCAUGAUAUUUUUUUUAAGAAACGUACUUGGGAAAAAAUAAGAGAUUCAGACUAAGAAAGUCUCACUUUUUUGAUAUGUUAUAUUUUUAAAUAAAGAAAGGAAGAAGGUCUUAGUUUAACCCAGAUUUAUGAGCUUUAGGGUACGGAAAUAUUUUUUCUAUUUUAGUUCCUUAUAUUUUGAUUACUUUUCUUAUUAUUACAUUUCUUUGAUAAUAAGAUAAAGAUCAGCAUAAUUUUACUUCUCCAUUUUUUUUUAUAUAUGUUGUUGGCCAGUGUGUGACCUGUGGAAGAUGUGCAGAUUUAGCAGGUUUUUUAUGUUCCCCAGCCAAGGUAUUCAGCAUUAAAUGAUGGGUAAUUCUCAAAUGGUUUAGUUUGGAUAAGUGUCUAAAAGGUUGAAGCUUAUCUAACCUCCUUGACCUAAAAAUUGAUUUGACUGCAGCUGGGGAGAAAGGGACAAUGUUCCUUGCUGACUUUCAUACUCUUUAAUUUCACUUAGGCCAGGUUAUCCAGUUAUGUAACUCUUUUUUUUUUUUUUUCUGUACUUCGUUCCCUUUGAUUGCCUUUGAUGACCCAGUGUAGGAAGUGCAGAGGUGCAGGAGAAGUUAAAUAAAGUUCACCUUUCUCAUUCCACAGGCCCACUCCCCCUCCAAUUACAGGCAAGGUUCAAAUUAGGUUCAGGCUUGGGGUGUUUUUGAUGCAUGCUCUCUGGGGCUGACUGACUCCGCUCUAGUGCACUGCAGUGGAAAUGGUUUCAUGUGAGCCUUGGCACACUACUAGUGCAGCAGGCAAGUGUGAACUGCCUGCUUUUAAUUUACUCUGCUGUUUCUUUUCUUCUCUGAUACUCAGUGGGGCAGAAAAAUGUCCAGUAGAGUUAGUAGGUUCUUUGGCUCACAGAAAAAAAUUAGGAAAUAGUGUUAUUCUUAAUGAGUUGGUAUAGUGAAAAGUAUAUAUGAUGUGAGACAGUUAUUCAUUGUCUGUCUGGCAUCUAUAUCAAAAUUUCUAAUAUACUGAGAGUAUAUAAAUAGGGAAAAUUAUUGAACAGGUGUCUUCAGAUCAUCUAUGACUGAUAAGCAUUUUUUCAGUGUUCUGGAUACAGAGAUUUAAAGCAAGAAAUGAGCAACCUCUGGAAUCUUCAUUUGUCUACAUCUGUGAACAAAAAAAAUGAGACAAAUGUGGCUUAUUUAAAUACUCUUUGAGAAGUUUCAAAUGCUGCUUCUUUACUGUUCAUUUGUUUAUAAAGGUCAAAUGAAAAAUGGAAAUGCCUGUCUUUUUGAGGUAUGAACAGGCAUACUGGUUAUUCUGUAGAUUCUCAGCUGUUUUGCAGGUGGAAGACUGCAGAUGCUGAAUCAGAGACUGUUCAAGUUCUAAGUCAUACCAUACCAGUCAUACCGUAGGAUGAUAGAAGUGAAUUGCUUAGGACAAUAGUGUGAAGCUGGUAGCUGAUAGUACUCGCAGGACUGAUUAGAUACAGUGAUGGAGCUUCUGUCUGCUACUGUGCUAGUGCUGAGUUACCCAGAAAUUGCCAAGUUAAAGACAGGUUGAUGGAUAAUGAGAGAGAGACUCAGUGGAUCAUGUGAAAGAGUGUGUGUUCCGUGUACCAGAGGACAGAUGAAAGAUGCAGUAUCUGUAAAGUAACACCACAGCACUAACAUGAUUACUGGCUGCAAUGUUCAGGAUCAUCUGAGGGUUGAUUGUGCUGGAUGGGAAUUGCCAGUGAAUGUUGUAAUGUCAAAUACUGCUAAGAUAGCCUAAGACUAAAAUUUUCGAAUGUUGCCAAAGCUAGAACUUGAAAUCAAAAGGACAAAAGAUUACAGAUGUCGCAGUUGUGGACAUGAGCGAUAUUUCCAAGCAACCAUCACUGUUCUACCACCUUGGCGUGCGUGAAAGCUUUGACAUGGCCAAUAAUGUUAUUCUUUAUCAUGACACUGAUGCUGACACUGCUCAGUCUCUCAAAGAUAUGGUAUCUCAGAAAAACACAGUUGCCAACCUCAAAGCUUUUCUUCGUGUUCAAGUACCUCCUGAAUACCACAGUGGUAAUCUAAUAGGCAAAGCUUCAAGUGGCAAUUAUUAUUUUAUUCCAUACAUUGUCACACCUUGUGCUGACUACUUUUGCUGUGAAAGUGAUGCCCAACGAAGAGCCUCUGAGUACAUGCAGCCCAACUGGGACAAUAUCCUGGGGCCAUUUUGUGUCCCACUGGUGGACAAGUUUCUCAGCCUUCUCAAGGAUGUCCAUGUUACAUCAUGUGCCUAUUAUAAAGAAACACUGCUAAAUGACAUUAGAAAAGCUAGAGAGAAGUACCAAGGAGAUGAACUGGCUAAGGAGCUGGCCAGGAUUAAGCUUCGUAUGGAUAAUACUGAAGUGCUGACUUCUGACAUUGUCAUAAACCUGCUUCUUUCUUACAGAGACAUCCAGGACUAUGACGCUAUGGUGAAGCUGGUAGAAACACUAGAAAUGCUUCCUACCUGUGACCUGGCUGAUCAACACAACAUUAAGUUUCAUUAUGCUUUUGCAUUGAAUCGAAGAAAUAAUGCAGGUGACAGAGAGAAGGCACUACAAGUUAUGCUUCAAGUCCUGCAGACAUGUGAUCACCCUGCUCCAGACAUGUUUUGCUUAUGUGGGAGGAUCUACAAGGAUAUGUUUCUUGAUUCUGACUGUAAAGAUACCAACAGUCGAGAUCAUUCCAUUGAAUGGUACCGCAAAGGAUUUGAACUCCAGCCAACUCUCUAUUCUGGAAUUAACCUUGCAGUUUUGCUGCUUGUUGCAGGACAACAGUUUGAAAGCUCAAUGGAACUGAGAAAAAUAGGUGUACGGUUAAACAGUUUAUUGGGAAGAAAAGGAAGCCUAGAAAAAAUGAACAAUUACUGGGAUGUGGGACAGUUCUUCAGUGUGAGCAUGCUGGCAAAUGAUGUUGGUAAAGCAGUACAAGCAGCAGAGAAGCUUUUUAAGCUGAAACCUCCAGUGUGGUACUUGAAAUCAUUAGUUCAGAAUCUGAUGUUAAUUCAGCGUUUCAAGAAACUCACCAUAGAACAUUCUCCUAAACAAGAAAGAUUGGCUUUCUGGCUAGAUAUAAUUUUUGAGGCAACGAAAGAAACAACUAAUGGACUGAGAUUUCCAGUUUUGGUGAUAGAACCAACUAAAGUCUACCAGCCUGCCUAUGUUUCAAUCAACAGUGAAGCAGAUGAGAGCUCGCUGUCUUUGUGGCAUGUCUCUCCCCCUGAAAUGAAACAGAUUCAUGAAUGGAAUUUCACAGCUUCUUCCAUUAGGGGAAUAAGCAUUUCCAAGUUUGAUGAACGAUGUUGUUUUCUUUAUGUCCAUGAUAACUAUGACGACUUUCAAAUCUACUUUUCUACAGAAAACCAAUGUAGUAGGUUCUGUGGUUUAGUGAAAGAAAUUUUGUCUGAUGCAGUUGGAAGUACUUUGGAACUAGAAGGAGAAAUAGAUGGAGACACAUUAGAGUAUGAAUAUGAUUAUGAUGAGAAUGGUGAAAGGGUAGUUCUAGGGAAAGGUACUUAUGGAAUAGUUUAUGCUGGAAGAGACCUUAGCAACCAGGUCCGAAUAGCCAUCAAAGAAAUACCUGAGAGAGACAGCAGGUAUUCUCAACCUCUUCAUGAAGAGAUAGCACUGCACAAAUAUUUAAAACAUCGGAACAUUGUCCAGUAUCUUGGAUCUGUUUCAGAAAAUGGGUACAUUAAGAUUUUUAUGGAGCAGGUGCCAGGAGGCAGCCUCUCAGCUCUCUUAAGAUCUAAGUGGGGCCCAAUGAAAGAACCUACAAUUAAAUUUUACACCAAGCAGAUUCUGGAAGGCCUCAAGUAUCUCCAUGAGAACCAGAUUGUACACAGAGAUAUAAAGGGGGACAAUGUUCUGGUGAACACCUACAGUGGCGUGGUCAAGAUAUCAGAUUUUGGUACUUCCAAACGGCUGGCAGGCAUCAAUCCAUGCACUGAAACCUUUACAGGGACCUUGCAGUACAUGGCUCCAGAAAUCAUUGAUAAAGGACCACGAGGAUAUGGUGCUCCAGCUGACAUCUGGUCCCUGGGCUGUACCAUUAUUGAGAUGGCAACAGGCAAACCUCCAUUUCAUGAACUAGGGGAGCCUCAAGCUGCAAUGUUUAAAGUUGGGAUGUUUAAGAUUCAUCCUGAAAUUCCAGAAUCAGUCUCUGCUGAAACAAAAGCCUUUAUUUUGCUCUGUUUUGAACCUGAUCCUAGUAAACGUGUUACAGCAUCUGAUUUGCUCAGAGAUUCUUUCCUGAAGCAAGUGAACAAGGGCAAGAAAAACAAAAUUGCAUUCAAACCUUCAGAUUAUACUCGGAACACAUCCCUGCCACUGCCAGUCCAUGGGGAGCAGGCUGGCAGUAGCAGCAGCGAGCAUGGCUCUGUUUCACCAGACUCUGAUGUACAGCAUGAUGUGUUUUUUGAAAGGCCAAAGAGAUCCAUUUCAGAGAUUCAGACAAGGCAUCCCAUUUCUCAUUUACUAAGUGUCCCUGAUGAGGGCUCUGCCUCGGAGGACAGGAGCACCUCGCCGUCCGUGGAGGAUAAGGACUCCGGGCUGUUCCUGCUGCGCAAGGACAGCGAACGCCGAGCGAUCCUCUAUAAAAUCCUUAAGGAGGAACAGGAUAAAGUUGCUUCCAAUUUGCAGGAGUGCAUUGCACAGAGCUCUGAAGAACUGCAGCUUUCAGUGGACCACAUCAAGCAGAUUAUUGGGAUUUUAAGGGACUUCAUACACUCUCCUGAGCAGAGAGUGAUGGCUUCUACAAUAUCCAAGUUGAAAAUGGAUUUGGACUUUGACAGCACUUCCAUCAAUCAAAUUCAUCUGGUGCUGUUUGGAUUCCAGGAUGCAGUGAACAAAGUGUUAAGAAAUCACUUAAUAAGACCCCACUGGAUGUUUGCAAUGGAUAACAUCAUCCGCCGUGCAGUCCAAGCAGCAGUCACUAUUCUUAUUCCAGAGCUUCGCACUCACUUUGAGCCAACGUCAGAAACUGAAGGUGGGGACAAGGACGCUGAUGAAGUGGAGGAGAGUUUCCAGCCCUCUGAACAAAACGGGGCUGAGGACGCUGCCAUCACAUCAGGGGUCAGCAGCCUCAGUUCUGUGGUGUCACACAAGGCUCAGCAGCAGCUCAGCCAGGAGCUGGGCAGACUUAAACAUGACACUUUAAGGCUUUUGGAAAACCUCAUUCAGAAGGAGAAAGAGUAUCAGACCCUCUUACGACAAUCUUUGGAGCAGAAGACUCAGGAAUUACAAUUGCUUCAAUUAAAACUCAAACCCAAAGAUUCCCAGUGGUCUGCAGCAACUUUUAGAGAGAAUGCAGACCCUGAGCUCAUGAACUGGUUGAAACAGCAAGGAGCAGAUUUGGAUACCAUUAAGAGGUUUGCUGAAGAAGAUUACACACUAAGUGCUGUCCUUAAUGAUAUCACCAAAGAUGACUUGUGGUAUCUUCAGCUGCGGGGUGGUCUUCGCUGCAGAAUCUGGAAUGCAAUCCUAAACCACCGACAAACAUCUGGCAAGACCUCAGUGCAGGUCAAUGCUUUGCAAGAACACCAAAUGGGAAUAAGCAAAUGAAAUACAUUCCCAGCACUUAACCUGUUUGAUGUAUAUAUUUGUAUGUACAGUGGCCUUGCAGGUUUUGCACAGUUAUGUAGCUUGUUUGACCAUCAGUGCAAUACACAGUGAAUAGUAACAGCUUUUAAGUCAGUGUCAAUGCAUGUAAGUUAUUUAUGACAAGACUAAAGCAUACUAUGCCUGUCAAUGUAAUACAAAACAUUAGCAGAGAAAAAACCCACCUGAAUUGGCUUCAGCACUGUGAAAACUGUGAACUUAAAAUGUGUUACUUCUGCUGGCUGAUGGUUUGAGCAGGGAGGGGAUAUGCUAGAGCAUGUCAACUCAUUAUAGAUGGAUUUAUACAGCUUUUUCUAUUAAAGCUACUCUCACUGAACUGCUAAGAAAA